GGGGAGGAGGUAGAUAAGCAAGCAUCGAUAACUUAUAAAAAAACCCUAGAAGAUUUGAUAUAUGCAGAAAGAAAUGGAUAACAAAAGCUUAUGGUGUUCUUCAAUCUUCAUUGCUCUUUUCAUCAUCUCUUGUGCACCUUUUGCUAUAUGUCAAGAAGUUGAGGACGAACACGAAUUCAGUUACGACAUCAACAGUCAUAACGGGCCGGAUCAUUGGAGCGAGAUCCACCCCGAAUGGAGCAUGUGUAACCAAGGAGACCUGCAAUCUCCGAUUGAUCUCACACACGAAAGGGUUCAAACCACUUCGAAACUUGGAAAGCUUGAUCGAGAUUAUAAACCUGCUAACGCAACUCUUCUUAAUCGGGGCCAUGAUAUGAUGCUGAAAUGGAUUGGGGGAGCAGGACAUGUUCAUAUAAACGGAAUCGAGUAUCAUCUUAACCAACUCCAUUGGCACACUCCUACUGAACACACCGUCAAUGGUCGAAGGUUCAAUCUGGAACUACACUUGGUGCAUGAAAGUAUAGAUGGAAAGGUUGCAGUGAUCGGAAUCAUGUAUAAAAUCGGCCGUCCCGACUCUCUUCUGUCAAUGUUGGAACCCUAUUUGAAAGCAUUGGCAUCUACAAAAGGAGUUGAAACAAGUGUAGGAAUAAUCAACCCACGAGAUAUAAAAAUUGGGAGCAGAAAAUACUAUCGAUAUAUUGGCUCACUUACCACUCCUCCAUGCACCCAAAAUGUUAUAUGGACCAUGGUCAAAAAGGUGAGGACGGUUUCUCGAGAACAAGUGCAUAUGAUCCGUGAAGCAGUUCAUGAUGACGCUGAGGUUAAUGCGAGGCCGGUUCAAGCAUUGAAUAACCGUUGGUUGAAGCUUUAUAGACCGGAUGAUCGUCAAAAUAACUAGCCGUUUGAAGCAUAUUUUUGAUUAAUUUAUGUUACAAGUCAUAUAUCAUUUAAUUUAUUUUGUAUUAUUAUAUGUAGAUGUAGGUC